CUUCCCAGAACUCACCAAACUUCCUCGAAGAGCCAAGAAGACUGGCCGAGGGGAUUUCCAGACACGGAGCUGCAGCGGGGCAAACAAAGGGGCAGAGCUACACGCCCGCCCCUCCUCCUUUCCCUCCGGCCCCGGUUUUCAUUCCGGCUUCAGCUCCGAGGCAACGUUUAUAUAUAAAUAGCCGAGCAAGGGUUUUAUUUUACCGAUCCAGGCAGGCGCAAUGAGUUCGGUGGCCGCCAGAGGGCGCGCCGCCCCCCCUUUCGACCCCAUAGGCUACUCCUCUUCUGCAAAGGACUUGCGGCAGAAGCAAACUUGCCUGCUUCCGAAAGUCCGCGCGUCACAGCCUGUCGUGGAAACUGGGAACUGGGCGCUCGGCGGCAGCAGCGGCUCUUGUGCUGAUCGUUGCUGCGGCUGCUGCUUCCUUACCCUCGCUCGAGAUUGUUUUUUGGGGACUGGAUGGGCCUUUGAUCUGGUCCAGCGGGUGUUUCCUGACGCUUUUUGUCUUGCUGGGGGGGCUUCCUCUUUGGCUACCUGCCAGCCUGCCUGGGGCUAAAAGAAGCUUCUCCUCCGGAGCCAGCUGGGCUGUCUUUUUCUCCAGAGCCUUUGAGGGCCAUUGCCCGCUUUGCCACAUAUCCCAGGCACUGCCAGCCUUGGAGGAGAUGAAGCCCGGCCUGGCGCCCUGGGCCUGGAUCCUGCCCCUUGGGGUGGUGCUUCUAGACUACCUCACUCUCUGCGUGGGAUGGCAGACCCUGAGGGUGCCCUGGGGGAGCCCCCUGGCCUUUUCCUGGGUUGUCGCCCUGGUGCGAUGCGCAAUGCUGACCCUCUCGGCUUGCGCCACCUGCUGUGUAGACCCCAGGCUCCUCAGGGCCCUCCAGGGCUCCCUGCUGCCCACAGCCAUCCUCCUCAGCUGCCUGGUCCCCUUCUACACCUCCUUGCAAUACCUGCUCCUGGCCAAAGAGGACGCCCUAGAGCUGCUGCAUGGCUGGGCCAGGACAGAUGUGUUUGCCCUCAACUACCUCGUUGUGGGGGCAGUUGCCCUGCUGUGGCACCAACUUGCCCCCCAGGCCCAGGGGGAGGCGGACAAGAAAUCCUCUGCAUCCUUCGCACGUCUCGUCUCCACCAUGAGGCCGGACGCACUCAGAUUUGUAGCUAUCGCUGUACUGCUGGUGGCCUCAACCGUGGGGGAGAUGGCGGUUCCGUACUACACAGGGCGUGUGACCGACUGGAUUGUGAGCGAGGCUGGCUCUUCGGCCUUCAAGAGAGCUCUCUGGAUGAUGUCCCUGCUCACCGUUGGCAGUGCCGUAGCAGAGUUUCUCUGUGACUGCCUCUACAACACCACCAUGAACCGGUUCCACACCCGCUUCCAGAGCACAGUUUUCAGAGCCGUCCUGCGGCAGGAGAUUGGGUUCUUCCACACCAACCGGACAGGGGACAUCACUUCACGGGUUACCUCUGACACGGACACCAUGAGCGAGGCCCUCAGUGGGGACCUGAGCCUCUUGAUGUGGUACCUGAUGCGAGGGGCCUUCCUCUACGUAAUGAUGCUGUGGCUGUCGGUGCCUUUGACCCUCUUCAUCACGGUGGGGGUGCCCUUCAUCCUGCUGGUGCCAAAGCUCUCUGGGAAAUUCCACCAGAAUCUGGCGCUGCAGGUCCAGGAAUCCUUAGCCAAGGCCAACGAAGUGGCGGUGGAGACCUUCCAGGCCAUCUCCACAGUCCGCAGUUUUGCCAAUGAGGACGGGGCCAUUCGGCACUACAAGGAGAAGCUGCAGGAGACCUAUAAGCUCAACAAGUGGGAGGCUGUGGCCUAUGCGGUCUCCAUGUGGACUAGCGAGCUCUCGGGGCUGGCUCUGAAAGUGGGGAUUCUCCUUUACGGGGGCCGCCUUGUCACUCUGGGAAGUGUGAGCAGCGGAGAACUUGUUACCUUCGUCCUCUAUGAGAUGGAAUUCUCCACGGCAGUGAAGGCCCUCCUUUCCGUCUUCCCACGUGUGCAAAAAGCUGUGGGCUCCUCUGAGAAGGUUUUUGAAUACAUUGACCGGACACCCCAGAUCAGCCCUUCGGGGAUGCUGGCGCCCCAAGAUUUGCAGGGCCACGUUUUGGUGCAAGAUGUCUCGUUCUCCUAUCCUGACCGAGAUGUGCUGAAGGGAGUGUCCCUGGAACUGCGCCCUGGCACCGUGACUGCUCUGGUGGGCCCUUCGGGGUCCGGGAAGAGCACCCUUGUGGCCCUGCUGGAGCGCUUCUUCGAGCCCCAGGCAGGGCGGGUGCUGCUGGACGGCCGAGAGCUGGGCCAAUAUGAGCACCAUUUCCUGCACCAAAAGGUGGCGCUGGUGAGCCAAGUUCCAGUUCUGUUUGCUCGGUCGCUGCAUGCAAAUAUUGCUUACGGCUCAGAGGAGAAGAGUCAGGAGGAGGUGACGCAGGCAGCCAAGCAAGUCGGAGCGCAUCGAUUUGUCACCAGAAUGAGCCACGGCUACAACACAGAUGCUGGAGAAACGGGGGGGCAGAUCUCAGGGGGUCAGAGGCAGGGGAUCGCCAUUGCCCGGGCUCUGAUCCGAGACCCCAGAGUACUGAUCUUGGAUGAUGCAACCAGUGCCCUCGAUACGGAGAGCCAGCAGCAGGUGGAGAAGGAGAUCUACGAGGGGGUGGCCCGCAGCAGGCGCUCGGUGCUGCUUAUCUCUCACCGCCUCCACAGUGUGGAGCAUGCGGACCGCAUCCUGGUCAUGGAAGACGGGGAGAUCCGGGAGGAGGGGACCCACGAGCAGCUGAUGGAGAAGAGGGGCACCUAUUGGCAGCUGGUGCAGAGGCAGCAGAAUGGGGCUGAGGGGGACAGCAGCGGCAUCACUGGCCUGGAUCAUCAGCGUCUGUAGCGGGGUCAGAAUCGUCUGAGGAUCCUGGCCUAGAACCCGGGGCCAUUACCUGUCAUCACUCCCUGGUUGGUUUGGCAGGUGGGAUGGAAACACACACAGACUGAGCCCGAUCCACCAGCCUGGAACCCGUUGCCUCAGCUAACGUAAAAGAUCUGAGGAAACAGACUGUCUGCAUUCACAGUCUCUCCGUGAUGAUGAGAAUAGUAGUGUUUAUUUCACUUCCCUGCAUCUGGGAUGGGUCACUUCACAAAGUUUCACCUCUUCAGAAUAUACAGUUGUGCAUCACCCUUCAUCAACCUGGUGCCCUCAAGCUGUUUUGGAUUGCAGCUCACAUCAGCCCUAGGCAGCACUGGCUCACUCUCUACACACUGCUGCCACAGAAGUACUACAGAGGUGUUAAGAAAUCGCUUUUUAUAAAUUUUAUAAAUAUUGAACAUGCUGCUGCCUUAAGAACAUCAAUCUGAUCCAGCAGGCUCUUCUCAAGGCCCAUUUAAUCCAGCAUCCUCACAGUGGCUUACCAUAGAGUAGAGGCCUCAGUCCCAUGAUCCUCUCUGCCUUGACGCCUCCCUUACGUCAACCUAGAGAUGGCACACCUCGUGUGGACUGGAGAGAUCCUCACUCUGCUUCUGUCUGUGCCCCCCCUCAGCAAUACUUCCCUCACUUUCGGGGCCAUUCCAAUAGAUUUUGCUCCCUGAGGUAAAGGACAGACUGCCCUUCCCACAAUUCCAUGUAUAACAGCCAGUUGGGCUGUCUUGUUGAAUCUUAACUUCGGCACUGGCACCAGGAGAGCGUCCUCCAUUUUGUUUUGCAUUUUGUACUGUUUAAAAUCUUUGAGGCUGUUAAUAGUUUCAAAUGUCGUAAGCCAGUUUGGAAAGUCGUGCAUCUGCAAAGCAUUACAUCAAGGGUGGGGAAUCUUUUUCAGCCUUGAGAUCGUAUUCCUUCACGGGAACCUUUCAGGAGCCACAGGUCAGAGGCAAAAGUAAGUGGAGCAACAGAUCUAACGCUCCCCUUUAUACAGCAGGAUACCUUUCAGCCAUGCAAAACCCGUUUUCUAUAAAACACACACUCCCUACAAAAAUUCAGACGAGGAAGAGAUAUUAGUCACAUUCACACCAUACUUUUCAAGGAACAUUAUUAACAGUCAUGGCUUCCUGUCAGGCCACUUCCUGUCAGGAUCCCACCUCAGGCGCCACCUGCUAGGAUCCCGCCUGUGGUCACCGCCUUGUCACAGUCCCACCUCAGGGUCCUGGUCUUUAAAUGGUUCUCACCGGCUCUAGCAAAGAUCUCUCAAGAUCCCACUGCUAGGCAGCACCACCAGUCAUUCUCUGUAAUUCAAUAUUGCCUUGAGACUGUGCCUUAGUCUCCUCCUGGCCUAUUGAUACUUUGUGUGUGGGUGCACUUGCAGGCCUCAACCCCCCUGUAUCUUUGUGCCUAUAAAGAUUACAGCCCUGGGUUGCUCUGGAUACCUGAUGAUGUUACUCUAUCUCUUCACCGCUGCCACCAUUGAUACUGUUUCCCAACCUUGGUAUAUGCCCUGCCCACCCUUCUGGUCUGUGCAAACCCAGCCAAGGAUCAGGCGUUAGGUAAACCAAGAAAUAUUUAUUUAUAUACACAGGAAUAACAAGAUUACUUAAAGGUAUCGUUAACAAGCGUAUGGUUUCAUCAGAUGCUUUUCUCUUUAUGUUUCUAGUCAUCAAUACCCUGCCUCACUACCAGCCUAAUCCAAUCCAACCCACAAAACCAACUCCAACCUCCCUCAGAACUCCCACCAACAGAACUCCUAACAGCUCUGUCAUCCUCUCAUUUAUACCUUCAGAUACUCAAACGCUCAGCCAAUCAUAAUACAACAUUCUCCAGCCUUCUAGCCCAUGUACUCCCCCCUCUCACUCAGUCUACUUACCACAUAAACUCUAAUAAACCCGCACUUACCAUAUUUACAGUCAUAUAUAUAUACAGGGACAUCAUACUUCCCCCAAAGAAUCCUGGGUACUGUAGUUUGGAAAGGUGCUGAGAACUGUAGCUCUGGGGGAGCCUCAUAAGAACUCUCAGCACCUUUAAGGAACUAUAGCUCCCAGGAUUCUUGGGGGGGGAAAGCCAUGACUGUUAAAGUGAUGUAAACGUAUAUGGUGUGGAUGUGACCGUUAUCAGAAUUCAAGGUUGCUUUCCAACUAGGCAGAAGCAGUCGAGGAGGGUGUGGUGAGGGGUAUAGCCCAGAGGGUGUCCUGAGGGCUGCAUAGAGAGGCCUGCAGAGCGGCAUUUGGGCCCCAGGCCUGGGUUUCUCCACACCUGCAGUAGAUAAAUGCCUGAAAUGAGUGACUCUGUUUCCAUGAUGCCGUCUGUGGCCCCUCAGGACAAAGCGCUUGUUCUUCUGUCUCAGUCUUAAAACGUGCCCGUCUUCAGCAAGGGUCUUCGUGUUCUCCUGUGAUAUUAUCAGGGCUGGCUCCAGACAUAUUGCUGUUCAAGGCAAAUAUGGCAAUAUGUAUAUACACACGCUGACUGGACUGGCAGUGGAAUUUCACUUCAUUGCCGGUGGUGGGACAGCAGGCUAGCUUAGCAGGUGUAGGGCACCCACAACUCUGUGCUUCAGUCCUUCACUGUUGUCUGGCGCUCUCCUUAAUGGUAGGGCUGGCCCCAGAUAUUCUAUGGACCUAUUCUGUUACAUAUUUUAAAGGAAUAUGGAAACAAAGAGCUUUAUAGGGGACUAACCAAAGACUGUUUUUAAGGGUUUCAGUUUCAUCCUUCCUUAAACAGGACUAGGCAACUGCUCAAAAUGUUGAGGUUUCUCCAGUUGUUUUUAUAUAAAAAAUGCUUUUGUAUUAUGUGUGUGAAUAGAGACAUGCUUUGUUGUACAUGUGUAUAAAUUAAAAUAAUUUUUGA